AGUGCCCAGGACAUCCGCGUCCAUGUCAUUUCCUAGCAACGGGGACGCGUUGCCAAGAGCCAGAGAAUUCCUGCAUGGCAGCACCCGACCCUCACUGCCUCUCGGCUGCUGUUCAGAAACACCUGCAGCGUCUGGCCCUGCAGGACUUCCCCUGCGGCCUGGGCAGCUGGGCUCCUCAGGGCAGGAGGACGAGAGGCCACUGGGUGAGGAGAGCCCUGAAGCGCUGCUGGAGCUGCUGAGUGACCCACGCAGCCCCUGGGCUCUGCCACCAGGAUGCAGCGCCCAGGACCAGCACCUGCGGGAUGUGGCAGUGCUGGAUCCCCAGCUCACCCAAGGCUCCCGUGUCUUUAAGCUCUUCAGGUCCCUGCGGAUCACUGGCAAGGAUGUAGAAGAAGUCGAUAAGGAUCUGUUGCAGUUACAGAACCUAGAAGAGCUCAUACUCUGUACCAACCAGAUCAGCAGGAUCACCUCGGCCAACCUGCCUCGAACACUGAAGGUCCUGGAGCUCUGUUGCAACGCCGUGUCUGAUCUGCAGGGCCUGUGUGCUCAGCCUCCUCCAGAGCUACAGCACUUAGGGCUGGGAUACAACAGGCUGCAGGGCCCUUUGCAGGACAAGUGCUUCACUGCAGAAUUAUGGCCAAAUCUCAUCUCACUUGACCUGAGUUUUAAUAACCUAACGGAUCUGUUUGGGCUGGUCUCCCAGCUGUCCAGUCUGAAGAAGCUCCGCAUCCUGCUGCUCCAAGGGAACCCACUGGCUCUCAUUCCUGCUUACAGAGGCUUUGUUGUGGACAGCCUGCCCAAGCUUUCCUUCUUUGAUGACAUCCACAUAGAGCUUGAUGAGAGGUACCAGUUCCGUGGCUUAUCAAAGCAGCCAGAGGUGAUGAAAAAUGAAGCACGAGUGGUAGUCAGCAUUGGGGAAAUGAAGGGAGUUCCUGAUCCCAGCACGCUCCAGGAGCUGGAGAUUGGCUCUGAGGAACCAGUGAUCACCUACAGCUACUGCGUGACCUACGAGUUUGCAGGAGAGGAGACCGAGGAUGGUGGCACUGAGGUAGAAAAUCUUCAGAAUCCUGCGGUGGCCACUCCAGACUUGGACAACUCUGCACAGGAUGUGAAGGAAACAAAGGGCCAGGAGGAGUGUGCUGCCACAGAGGACCCUGCUGCACAUACUGCAAAGGUGUUUGUCACCCCUGGAGAGCCCUGGGCAGACACAAUUGACUGCAACUACAGGAAAGAGCACAUCGCCAAGGAUUUACUGGGGCUGAAGGACUACCUGCGAGCUGGGACGGUCGUCUCGGUGGUGGAGGAGAAGGUGCUCUGGUGGCCAGUCAGUGAUGACACAGAGGAAACUGCAGUAGAAAGUGGAAAAGAAAAAAAGGAAAAACAGGGGACAAAGAAGGGCAGCAACAAGGGUGCUGGGACCAAGGACAAGCAGAAGAAAAAGAAGAAGGAGAAGCCACGUGAACUUCGCAGUGACCCACCCAUUCGGAGGAUCCUGGGCUCUCAGAGGGUGGCCUUGGAGACCUUGUUGGCCACUGAGACUCUGGUGGCAACUGUGUGUGACUUUGGGGUCCUCAUCACUGAGCAGCUGCAGCAGUCACCGAGUCAGGAGGAGAAGCUGGACAAGAAAAAAAGCAAAGACAAGAGCAAAAGAACAAAAGCAAAGAAGGAAAGCCAGAAAGCCACAGAGCCUGCCAAAGCACCAUCACACCUGUACAGGAUCAGGAGGAAUUUUGAGAAGGAUGAGAUGGCCGAGAGCGAUACUGAGAAGUCACUUGUGGGUCAAGGAGAGCUACCUGAAAAAAUUAAACCCCUUGAAUCAUCAUUGUGCUGGUUCCCCAUCAGUGUGCUGGUUCCCCAUUGCUGUGCUGGUUCCCAUCACGCAGUGCUCAUUUGCAAUACGUGCUCAGAUUGCAGCUGAAGUAGUGAGAUCCUGUCAUGCAACCAGUGCUUUUUUCUUCUGUUCCACAUGAGUGCCUGUGCUCAGUGUGCAUGCAGCAGCCCUUCCUUCUAGCUUGAGGAACAAACCCUGUCUGUUGGGGGUUGCAUGGCUGGCGCUGAGAGCACAGAGAGCAGCUGCUGAUACAGGAAACACCGAGUGAUCAGAUUCAGGUUAAUUUGGAGUCGCAGUGCCCUGGUGCAGGCUGGGGAUGGCCACUGAGUGCAUUUUGUCAGUGCCACACGAUCAGUUGCACCCACAGCUCAGUAUCCCAGUGCUGACAGCACCCUGUGGCAGUGAGCUCUGCAGUGACUCAUGCAUCACAGGCACACUCCAACCACAAGGCUGUGGGGGCAGGUGGGCUUCUCGGUGUGUAGGUGUGUAUGUGCGUCACCAAACCACACCAUGGCCCUUUGGUGCUCACUCCCCACCAAACUGCUGUGGCUGCAUCCCCCUAGAAUAGAAGUGUAGCAGUGGGGCACCGGGCAGUCUCCCAGCCUGGAGCUGAGGCUGAUUUGCAUCCCUCUGCCAGCCCAUGCACACGAAUAAUAAAUCCUCUUAGGGACGUUGGGAUCUCUUCCAGGCAGCUCAAAGAGGGAAGGCAGCGAGCUUUGUCUCGAGCAAACUGUUUGCCCGGGCAUUGAGGGAUGUCUUCAGAAGUAGCCUCACG